AUGGAUGCCCUGCCGCCAUGGCCCCUUGUGAAGCUCUCCCUAGCUCCCAGACUUUGGCCUCAACAGUUGCUGCGUCCAGCACAAAGAGUCCUUUCUGUCUCUCUUCAUCUUGUCUCUAUAUCCACAAGCGCCACCCCUUUGGCCGGCCGCCCGUCCGUCCCACUUGCGCUGCGGCCUCGUGCAUGCUCUCCACACACCCAAAGCCCUGGCCCACUUGUCAUCACCCAGCCCAUGCCGACUCGAGCGACUGAAACAUCUGCUCCUUCCCGCCCAUCCAUCGCUCCUGCCCGCUGUCCUUGA